AUGACAAGUAUAUCUGAACGUUCUGGUGUCACUGUUCUCUAUGGUUCAGAAACGGGAAAUGCUCAAGAUUACGCUCAGUUUUUGGCAAAGAGACUCAAGUAUUUCGGGUUGAAGCCUACAAUUAUGUCAUUGGAUCAUUACCCAUUGAAAAAUUUGGUAACGGAUACAAAGUUCUUGAUAAUAAUCUGUUCUACAACAGGACAAGGGGAAUUACCUAGAAAUUCAAAAAAAUUUAUGAAAUUCUUACUAAAGAAGAAGCUUCCAAGCGAUUUGCUUAAUCACAUAGAGUUAACUACAUUUGGUAUAGGAGAUUCAUCAUAUCCUAAAUUCAAUUAUGCAAUAAAGAAAAUACAUGCUCGUUUGUUGCAGUUAGGAUGCUCUGAAUUGUGUACUAGGUGUGAAGCAGAUGAACAAACUCCAGAAGGUGUUGAUGGGUACUAUAGUGAAUGGGAGACGAAUCUACUUGAGGCAUUGAAAAAGAAAAUUCAAGGUAUACCUCUCACAUACGAUGAAACGGUAUUACUUCCCGCAGAUAAUCCCGUCGAGGUUUUAUAUAACGAGCAAGAUAUUGUUACUUCAGAUCCCUCCACAGAAGUGUCAUUAACAAGAAUAGGAGAUGGAUCAACAGAUUUGAUAUUGGGAUCUGUUAAGGACAAUAAAAGAAUAACAAAAGAAGGACAUUUUCAAGAUGUUAGACAUUUAAUAAUUGAAAGCGAAAAUUUGCUGUAUAUUCCUGGCGAUACAGUUGCAUUAUAUCCAUCAAAUGAUGAAGCAAGUGUCGAUGCAUUGAUUCAACUGCAACCCCAUUGGAUUCCGAUUGCCGAUAAGCCCUUAGUAAUACAUGGGGAAGUUCCUUUCAUUGAAGGUGGAUUAAUAGAUAAACUGAAACUCACGCUUAGAUCCCUUUUAACUCAUCAUUUAGAUAUUAUAUCAAUUCCCCGUAGAUCCUUUUUCAUGACAUUGGCCCAUUUCAGUGACGCUUCCACUGAGGAUGGAGAACGUGAACAAGAAAAAUUAAGAGAGUUCAGUAGGAUUGAGGAGAGUGAAGAAUUAUACAACUAUGCAAACCGUCCUAGAAGGCUGAUUCUUGAGACCAUAUUAGAAUUUCAGCAAAAUUUAAGAAUUCCUGUUGAUUAUAUUUUAGAUUUAUUUCCAAUAAUAAAACCAAGAUUAUUCCUGAUUGCAUCCAGACCAAGUCCAAAUCUGGUCGAAUUGAUUGUCGCCGUCGUUGUAUAUAAAACAAUUCUCAGAAGAGUUAGAAGAGGUUUGUGUACGAAAUGGUUGAAACUGUUGCAAAAUAAUGAUAAAAUUGUGUUCUCGAUCCAUAAAUCAAAUUUAAAAUUCGAACUCCCUAAUUAUAAAUAUCCACCAAUUCUUAUGGUGUCGCCUGGUACCGGAGUGGCUCCAAUGAAGUCGCUUAUAGAACACAUAACCCUGACGGGAAUACAGCAGGAUUUGUAUUUAUUUUAUGGUUGUCGUAGUAAAGAAAAUGAUUACUUGUUCGGUGAUCUCUGGGAUUCUUUAAAGUCUCAAAAUAAGCUAUCCAUUUACCCUUGUUUUUCUAGAGAUCUGGAUUCAAAAGUCAAGUAUGUACAGCAUAAGAUUUAUGAACAACACGAAUUAGUAGGCGAUUUGAUACUAAAUCAAAAUGCAAUCUUGUUCAUAUGUGGGUCUAGUGGUGCGAUGCCUAGAGAAGUGAGAAUCACCCUAGUCGAAAUUUUAGUUAAAUUUGGAAAAAUGAAGAAUAUUGAAGCUGAUGACUAUUUAAUGAAUAUGGAAAAUACGGGAAGGUAUUUACAAGAAACUUGGUAA